AUGCGCUUCAUCGCACCGAUCUGUCUGCUCCUCUCCGUCUCCAGGGCUGUCCUCGUCCCUGGCCCGACUGGUCCCUAUGCCGUUGCCAUGAAGGAGCUGCCUCUGACAGAUACAAGCCGGCAUGAUCCCCUUGAUCCGACGGGCAAGUCCAAAAGUCGCCGUCUCUUAGUCUCACUCUAUCUCCCAGUCGACAAAUCGAGACGAGCAUGCCCUGUGGUAACUGUUCCGUACAUGACUCCUCCAGUCGCCGCCAGCUACGGACAACAGGCCACUCAGGUUGGCUUGCCGGACACUCUCUAUAAUCCGUUCCAGAUGGAGUUUUGUGACCUCAAGAAACUCUCUCCUUGCGGCCAAGCUUCCAACAAGAACAAGAAAUUUCCCCUUAUCCUCUUCGACCCUGGCUUUGAGGAGUCGAGGCUCAUUUAUGGCGCUAUGGCUCGGUCCCUAGCUAGCCAUGGCUACGCUGUUGUUACUAUCGACCAUCCCUUUGAUGCGCCUGCCAUCCAAUACCCCGACGGAUCCAUUAUUGAGGGCGUCGACAUGGAUCCCUCUGAUCCUGCAGUUCUUCCGAAAAUUCUCAAGGUGCGCACCGACGAUAUUACCUUCAUCAUCAAUCAACUCGAGAACCAAAAAGUCAUGAAGCCCGUACUUGCAGACUUUCCCGGCACCAUCGACUACAAUAAGCUCGCCAUCUGGGGCCACUCCUUUGGCGGUGCUACUGCUGCAUCAGUCACCCACGCCGACAAGCGAGUCCUUGGCGGCCUUGACCUUGACGGUAUGCUGGUCGACCCCAUUCUGAGUACUGACAUCAAGAAGCCCUUCAUCCUAGCCGGACGCAAGGGCCAUGACGCCGAGGACCCAACAUGGAACCAGUUCUGGCCGCAUCUCAAGGGCAAGCGCAUGGAGAUUAACAUUGCCAACACCCAGCACGGAGCGUUCAAGGAUGACUUGAUGCUUCUUAGCGCUUUGAACAUCCCGGCCGACGCCAAGGCGGCUAUCCAGCAGGUGCUGGGAAGCAUUGACCCGCACCAACUCGAUAAGGAUUUGAAUGGCAUCCUGACGGCGUUCUUUGAUCUCCUCUUCCAUGGCAAGAAGCAGUCCUUGGAGGCUAUUCCGCAUAAUUUUGCCAACGUUACCAUUAUGCGAGGCAACAUCUAG